AAUGGCACAACUUAACGACCACCAACCCUCUAUCAUUUUUGACGACGACGAAAAAACCCACAAUUCCGGGUCGGAUCGCUCCGAAUCCGACUCCGUUUUCUCGGACCCCUUCGAGGUUUUCACCCGGAUCGGAUUACUUAAGGCGCAAGAAAAUGAUCCUCGCUACGUAAACAUCAAGAAGCAGUUAGCCGCGGCCAUGCAAUCCGCCGGAGUAAACGCUAAUGUUGUGGCGAUUCACCGGAAUACUUUCUCCGGUUCGACCAGGCACGCCACGUUGCAAGCACAUCGGAUUAUUGAGAAGGCGGUGGCUGAGAAAUGCGGCGGAAACGCCAAUGUGGGCUGGGGUUGGUACGGCGGCUCCAGAGAUUUGAUUUGCCGUACCGUUUUGCAUGGCUUCUUUUGUAGCAGAUCAGACCAACCCGGGCCUUAUGGUAUUGGAGUUCACUUGUUUUCUAACAACCAUUCUUUUGAUUGUGCAAGAUCAUCAGAUGCUGAUGAGAAUGGGCUGAGGCACAUUUUGGUAUGUAGAGUGAUAUUGGGGAAGAGAGAAAUGGUGCCGUUUGGAUCGAAGCAGUUUAGUCCGAGUUCUAUGGAGUUUGAUUCUGGUGUGGACAGUCUUGUGAAUCCCAAGAGGUUUAUCAUAUGGAGCUCUGACAUGAACUCUCAUAUUCUGCCUCUUUUUGUUGUCAGCUUCAGGGCUCCUGCUAACUUGAGAGAUAUUCCAAGGAGCAUUCAACCGAGUGCUGCUGCUGCUGCAGUAAGACAACCAGCACGCAGGUCUGCUACGUUGAAGGUCACUGAUAUAAUGAACGCAUUGGCCGAAGUCUUGCCUGCUCCUAGUAUGGUUCUGCUUAAAAAAUCUGCCACUGAUUUCAGGGCAAAAAGGAUAACCAGUGCUCAGCUGAUUAGAAGAAUGGGUACACUUGCGGGUAAAGAAUUGCUGGCUUCGGUGGUGAAAAGCUGUAAAAGGAGCGAGAGUAAUCCAAUUCACCAGAGGGAUGACACUAAUAAUGGUUCUUGAGGUGUUUGAUGCUAAAUGUAAAUCUUUGUUCAACAGCAGCUAGCUCCUUGCUC